AUGCUGGAGGAGGAUGACGUGGAGGUCGCCGUGCAUGUCCUGAGAGAGCUGCAGGCCCUGAUGCCCAGCGCCACAGAGGGCCAGGGCCAGGACUGGGACCCAGACCGGGACCCGGGUUGGGACACAAACAGAGACAGAGACAGAGACAGAGACAGAGAACGCAGGCGCAGCCAGCAGUCCUGCUCUUGGCGGUCCCGUUCCCGGACCCCGGAGAGGAAGAAAGAGAGGUCCCGACACCGUCCCGGGAGCAGGAGAAAGGUCAGGUCCCGUUCCCGGACCCCGGAGAGGAAGAAAGAGAGGUCCCGACACCGUCCCGGGAGCAGGAGCCAGAGCGCCCCCAAGGGCCCAAAGGACCCCUGGGACCAGGUUGAGGAGGGGAGCCUGGCCAGGUGGCGGGACAAGCGCGUGGACCGCCCAUCAGCUGAGGAGCCAGCAUACCACAUAUACGCAGGAAAGGUCACCAACAUCCUGCAGUUCGGGUGCGCUGUGCACCUGGAGGGGCUCAAGAAGCGGUGGGAAGGCCUGGUGCACAUCUCCGAGCUGCGGCGCGAGGCCCGCGUGGCCAACGUGGCGGACGUGGUGAGCAAAGGCCAGCGGGUCAAGGCCAAAGUGCUGUCCUUCACUGGGACCAGGACCAGCCUGAGCAUGAAUGAUGUGGACCAGGAGAGCGGAGAGGAUCUGAACAAAAGUGGGUGGUGCCGGGAGAGGCAGAGGCAGCGGCGGCAGCAGCAGGAGCCAUGGUGGCAGCAGCGGUUGUACAACCUGGUCAGGGAGACCGGGGAGGAGACCUCCACGCAGAACCCAGACAGACCCAGCCACCUGCUGCUCGUCACCCCGAAGGUGGAGGACGACUGGCUGGAGAGCAAGGGCCUCCUUACAGCCAUCUCGGAUCUCGAGAAGUGGGAAAUCAAACAGAUGACUGUGGCCGACGUCCUCUCCAAAGAGGAGUUUCCAGACUUUGACGCGGAGACAGGCAUCCUCCCGCAGCUGGGCGGUGAGCAAGAUGAGGACCUGGAGAUCCAGCUGGUGGACGAGGAGCCCCCGUUCCUGCAGGGCCGCACGAAGCGCAGCAGCGGGGACAGGAGCCCCGCCGUCAAGGUGGUGAAGAACCCGGAAGGCUUGUUGUGGUGGGCUGCCAUGAUGCAGAGCGCACUGGCUAAGGAGCGGCGGGAGCUGAAGCAGGCGCAGCUGCGGGAGGCCGACAUGGACUCCAUCCCCACGGGCCUCCACAAGCACUGGGUCGACCCCCUGCCUGACGCCCAGGGCAGGCAGAUCGCUGCCAAGCUGGGGGCGAUCGGGGUGACUCCCAGCCGCAUCCCCGAGUGGAAGAGGCACGCGUUCGGGGGCCACCAGGCGUCCUUCGGCAAGAAGACACAGCUGUCCAUCCUGGAGCAGCGGGAGGGCCUGCCCAUCUACAGGCUGAAGGGGCAGCUGCUGCAGGCCGUCCACGACACCCAGGUCCUCCUCGUCAUCGGGGAGACCGGGUCCGGGAAGACCACGCAGAUCACCCAGUACCUGGCCGAGGCCGGCUACGCGAGCCGCGGCAAGAUCGGCUGCACCCAGCCCAGGCGCGUGGCCGCCAUGUCCGUGGCCAAGAGGGUGGCGGAGGAGUUCGGCUGCCGCUUGGGUCAAGAGGUGGGCUACACCGUCCGCUUCGAGGACUGCAGCGGCCCGCAGACCUGCAUCAAGUACAUGACGGACGGCAUGCUGCUGCGCGAGUGCCUGGCGGACCCCGACCUGACGCAGUACGCCGCCAUCAUGCUGGACGAGGCCCACGAGAGGACCAUCCACACCGACGUGCUGUUCGGGCUGCUGAAGGAGACCUUGCAGAAGCGGCGGGACAUGAAGCUGAUCGUCACCUCGGCCACACUGGAUGCGCUGAAAUUCUCCCAGUACUUCUGCGAGGCCCCCAUGUUCACCGUGCCGGGCCGCGUGUACCCCGUGGAGAUCCUGUACGCCAAGGAGCCCGAGACCGACUACCUGGAUGCCAGCCUGAUCACCGCCAUGCAGAUCCACCUCACCGAGCCGCCGGGUGACAUCCUGGUCUUCCUGACCAGGCAGGAGGAGAUCGACAUGGCCUGCGAGAUCCUGUACGAGAGCAUGAAGUCCCUGGGCCCCGACGUCCCCGAGCUGAUCAUCCUGCUCGUGUACUCUGCCCUGCCCAGCGCCAUGCAGACCCGGAUCUUCAACCCGGCCCCGCCAGGCAGCAGGAAUGUCGUGAUGGCCACCAAAAUCACAGAGACCUCGCUGACCAUCGACGGCAUCUACUACGUGGUGGACCCGGGGUUUGUGAAGCAGAGGGUCUAUGACUCCAAGACGGGCGUGGACCAGCUGGUGGUGACGCCCAUCUCGCAGGCCCAGGUGAAGCAGCGCGCUGGCAGGGCUGGCUGCAUGGGCCCCGGGAGGUGCUACCGGCUGUACACGGAGCGCUCAUACCGCGACAAGAUGCUCUCCAACAAUGUGCCCGAGAUCCAGAGGACUGAGCUGGCCAGCACCGUGAUGUCCCUCAGGGCCAUGGGCGUCAACGACCUGCUGUCCUUCGACUUCAUGGACGCCCCCCCGGUGGAGACCCUGCUCGCCGCCAUGGACCAGCUCUACGCGCUGGGGGCCCUGGACGACCAGGGACGGCUCACCCGCCUGGGCCGCAGCAUGGCGCAGUUCCUGCUGGAACCCAUGCUGUGCAAGAUGCUCAUCAUGUUGGUGCACCUGGGCUGCAGCAAGGAGAUGCUGACCAUCGUGUCCAUGCUGUCCGUGCAGAGCGUCUUCUACAGGCCCAAUGACAAACAAGCCCUCACCAACCAGAAGAAGGCCAAGUUCCACCAGGCCCAGGGCGACCACCUCAUGCUGCUGGCGGUGUACAACUCCUGGGAGAACAACGGGUUCUCCCAGGCCUGGUGCUAUGACAACUUCCUCCAAGCCCGCUCCCUGUGCCGUGCACAGGACGUCCGCAAGCAGAUGCUGGGCAUCAUGGACAGGCACAAGCUGGAUGUGGUGUCCUGCUGCAAGGCCACGGUGCAUGUGCAGAAGGGCAUCUGCAGUGGCUUCUUCUGCAACGUGGCCAAAAAGGACCCGCAGGAGGGCUACCGCAUGCUCCUCGUGGUCCCCUCCUCGAGCCCUACUAAUAACGAUCCCGCUGGCCGGGACAAGUGGCCCCCAAAUGUGGGGCUCGAGGAACGGUGUCUUCACCCGGUGGACGCUGCUUGGAGAAUCAAAAGAUCAACACUGAACUGCUGCCCGUACCUG